UUUGGUUUGAAACUUGAUUUGCCACCAAUGUAGUGUGUGUGUGUGUGUGUGUGUGUGUGAUUCAAAGACAACCACUUUGCACGUUAAAAAUAUCGCCAUAUCCAAUCGAACUUGAUGUAGGAUUUAAUUGCCACUCGAAAGUGGAGUCUCAUAACAAACACCUUUCACUCUCACCUGGAUUUUUGGACAUUUUUUUACCUUUUACCAAGCAGAUUGCUGGUGUUGUUGGUGAGCCAGUGUUUUUGCUAGUACGAUGAUGCUUCAUCAGCAGCAACAGCAGCCGCUCGCCUGGAACGCCAUGAGCGACGACGGCUGGAAUCCGAGGAGUUUGUCGAGUUUCCAAACAUUUCCACGUCACCCGUCGCUACCCGGAUCUUCGUCUAGUAGCUCUUCUUCUUCUUCUUCGUCGUCGUCAUCAUCUUCUUCUUCUUCUUCGUCUUCCGGCGGUGGCGCUUCGCACCACCACGCCCAUUCAAAGUCGCUGAUUGAAGACGACUCCAAAUACAGAAGUCAAACGAACAAUGUGAAAAGCGGCGCCAAACUAGCGCUCCCUGCCGGCGUGACCCCCACUCACGGCCAUUCACGCUCGCUGGGCCAAUCCACCGAUUUCGUUCUUCAUCCACUUCAAACGCCACGCCAAUCGCCUUUGAACGGACAUGACAACGACGUUGACGAUCCCGAUAUCGUCCAAGUGACGCUGGGUCAUAACGACCGUCGUUUCGGCUUCUCCGUCGUGGGCGGGUUAGAGGAAGGUUUCCCGCCUCGUAUCGAUGAAAUUGCACCAGGAUCCCCCGCAGACAAGGCGGAUCUGGAGAUUGGCGAUGAGAUCCUUGAGGUCAAUGGCAAGUCGUUGGAUGGCGCAACUCACACUGAAGUCAUCUCUCACAUCCACCAGUGCAUCCGGUCGAGGACGAUCUGCCUGCGAGUGAAGCGGAAGAGCGGCAACAAAUUAGCCCAAGAUUUGGCGGCCAAUAGUAACGUGCAAGACGCCUUUGUUAUCGCUGUGGAAAAACAAGCCCGUGAGCGGCUUGAAAGGUUGUCGGCGUUGAAGAAGAUUAAACCGGUCGACAUGACCAAACUCUCUCAACAGUUGAGUCACGACGGUGGAUCAGCGACGCCAUCUAACCGGGCAGCAGUAGCCGGGACGAAGAUGGAUGACGGUGAUAAAGAUGACGAUGAUGAGGAGGACGAGGUCAUCAGCCAAGGACAUCGGAGUAACAGCAGAACACCACCGCCAUCGACGCCCACCGUCCCGAAAAGGGACGGCGGUGUCCGGCUGUCGGUGACGUCGCCACCGCCGGCCUUUGCCGGCGCCCUUUCGCCGCCGGCCUCUGUGUCGGUCAUUUCGCCUUUCGGUUCGCCCAGCGGCUGGAUGGGCGCCGCUGGCCGAGAUGCGAGUGGCACGGACGCAGCUGCACCACCAGCAGCAGGAGGAGGAGGAGGAAAUGUUCACAUCAACGGCGAUCACGUGACUCAAGUCAGAGUUGACGCCAUCGUCUUGACGCCAGACUCAUCGAGUGGUGGUGUUUCGCGAAGGAACCACCACCAACCGGAAGCGGUCGGUGCCGAUGCCGACGAUGAUGGAGAUGAUGGCGACGAUAAAGAGGCGGGAGAUCGUGACCAGAGUGAAUUGCUGGUAACGACGUCCCGAUUGCCCGUUUCAUCCAAUGCCGCACCGUCGUCUGCUAACAAAUCCGCCGCCGGUGCAGAACGUUUGCACGUCACUGCCGUUCAAGUGGAACACGCCAUCACUCAGGAAGAAUCCACGUUAAAAUCGGGCAAGCCGUUUGGUAGUCGAGAAAGCAUCAAAGGCGCCAGCCAAUGGGGCAGCAGUGAACCGGUGGAUCAAGCAACAUCGACAACCUUCGCCAUGGGUGCUAUGAAUGGCAAUCCAUCCAUGCGGAGUAGCACCGGCGCAGGUAGCAGCCGGGGAACGAGCGGAAGGAGUGUAGGCGGUGGCAGCACCAGUCACAGCAGCGAAGGAGGCAGCGACUGGGCGAGUCACGAUACGGGUCCACACCGAGAAAUGGCCGUCGACGUGCCCGAGUCGUUUGUCGGACGCACCAAGACGCCGCCUCGUUAUCCGCCCCCGAAGCCGAGCAAUCCGCCGGCCGUGGUGGCCAACGCUCCAGUGGCCGUCAACAACAAUUCGCCCGGAUUGCGGAAGAAGGUGGUGACGGCCCAGGCCAAUCAAGUGGCUUCCAACGGCAUGGUGAGCGGCAUCAUGAAACCGGCUCCUCCGUCGCGUGAUCAUUUGCGCACGGAGGAAGACGGACGAACGUUUGUCGUUAAUCACGCGGCUCCCUCUGCUCAGAAUUCAACACGACUUCAUCCUGCAACUCAAUCGGAACAACAGACAGCCGUUCCGGCGAAGGCGGUGGGCGUCGAAGUGGAUGUACUCAGCGCCGAGCAAAUGGAGAGAAUACGAAAGUAUCAGGAGGAUGAACGAAAGCGACGCGAGAAGGAGGAGCGGAUGGCCCGCGAGGAAGAGUUUCUACGCUCGUCGCUACGCGGAUCGCGCAAGCUCCAAGCACUCGAAGAAAGUUGCACCAAGUCUCAGCCGCCGCCGUCCGCUACCGGCGUGGUCAACAUCGCCUAUACGGGCCAUGACGACGACGACGAGGACGACGACGUUAACGAUCCGGGUUUCGCCAACGCCGGCCUUGCUUGGGCCGCCCUGGCGCAGAAUAAUUACCUGCUCAACAGUGGCAUGCAGAAGAUCAUUGGAUUGCAAGAUGUGACUGCUGCUCUCCAACGAGUCCAGCAGCAAUUGAAGAAGAAUGGACAUGCUGGACAGGGCGUGGAGGCGGAUUUGGCCGCUGUGCAGAGUCUCUUGCUGUCACCGGCCUUCCGCUCGGCUCUGACAAUCCAUUCGAAGGUGCAAGAAGUGUGGUGCUGCGGCCAGCCGACAUUGUCGUCUCAUCACAACGUCCAGCAACUUGUCACCGAGUGUCUGACCGGAUUACAGCAGUGCGGUCGGCCAGAGGCGGUGGAGCUAGUGUCGUUGCUCGGUCGUUACGAAAUGGAAGGUCUCCUCUACGCCCACGAUCGAAUUGCAGAAGUGAGCACGAUCAGUACCGCCCCGCUGAACGAUUCAAACCUCAGUGGGGACGACAUGGACGCCAUGCCCGAGUCGGCUUUCAUCUCAUCGCAUCUGUCGGCUCAUUCACCCGCUCAUUCGGCCAGCGGCUCUUCGCAACAUCAUCAAGACAGGACUUUUAAAGUCAUAUCCCUGGAAAAAUCAAACGAACCUCUGGGCGCCACGGUGAGGAAUGACGGUGAAGCGGUUGUUGUCGGCCGGAUCGUCCGAGGCGGCGUGGCUGAGCGUUCCGGUUUGCUUCACGAGGGCGACGAGAUCCUGGAAGUGAACGGCGUCGAAGUGCGCGGCAAGUCCAUCAACGACGUUUGCGAUCUCGUCGGAUCGAUGACGGGCACUAUAACUUUCCUCAUCGUCCCCGUGGGAAGCGGCUCUAGCACCAAAUCGCCGGCCGGCGUCCUCCCACCCAAUCCGGUCGUUCAUCUCAAGGCCCACUUUGACUACGACCCUGAGGAUGAUCUAUACAUCCCCUGCAAGGAGCUCGGCAUCAGUUUUAUGAAGGGCGACAUCCUGCACGUCAUUUCACAGGAGGACGCCAAUUGGUGGCAGGCGUUCCGCGAAGGCGAGGAAGAUCAGACAUUGGCCGGUCUCAUUCCCAGUCGCUCCUUUCAGCAACAUAGGCGAGAGGCGGUAAAACAGGCCAUGGUCAUUGACACGACCGAAAAUGAGAUCACGUCGCGCUCCAAGGCCGGCACCUUACUCUGUGCCAAAAAGCAACACAAGAAGAAGAAGAGGACAAGUUUCCGGUCCAACUACGGCAAAGAAGAAAGCGAAGAAAUCUUGACUUAUGAAGAAGUGGGACUGUAUUACCCUCGUGCCAAUCACAAACGGCCCAUUGUUCUUAUCGGUCCGCCCAACAUCGGCCGCAAAGAAUUGCGCGAAAUGUUGAUGCAGGAUUCCGAACGUUUUGCUCCCGCCGUUCCGCAUACGAGCCGGACGAAAAAGGAUUCCGAGAUUAACGGCCAAGAUUACCACUUUAUCUCUCGGGCCCAGUUUGAAGCCGAUAUUGUCAACCGCAGAUUCGUCGAGCACGGCGAAUACGAGAAGGCUUAUUACGGGACUACACUUGAUGCCAUUCGGGCCGUCGUCUCGGCCGGCAAGUUUUGCGUCCUCAAUCUGCACCCGCAAUCUCUCAAGAUUCUCAAAGAAUCCAACUUGAUGCCUUUCGUCGUUUUCGUGGCGCCACCUUCACUGGAGAAGUUGCGUGCCAAGAAACGCGACAAGGGCGAAACAGUCAAGGACGAGGAUUUGAAAGAGAUCAUCGAAAAGGCUCGCGAAAUGGAGGAUGUCUAUGGCCAUUUUUUCGAUAUGGUCAUCGUGAACGGCGAAGAAGAGCGAACUUACAGCCAAUUGGUUAGCGAAGUGAAUCGAUUGGAGCGCGAACCGCAAUGGGUGCCCGUUGUGUGGCUCGACCGUAACAGCAACGAUCACAAAUGAGAAAAAAGCCCGCGCAUCAGCAGGACAACCUUCUCGAGGCGAAAGAGCUGCCCUUCUUCCAUACUUUAUCUUUCCCCCCCCCCCCCUUUACAAGAUUUAAAAGAAUUCCAUUAGACGACAGAGAGAGAAAAAGGUAAACAAAAAAUAAUUAAAACCCAUCCCUCCUUUGAACCGUAAAAAAUCGUCCGUCGCUGUUUUUCCUACAUUGCGCUCCCGGACCCCUUUAAAUUUAGAGACGGGGCGAACGUGUGCGUCACCCAUAUAUAUAUAUUUAUAUAUACAGUAAAUAUAUAUUAGACCCUUUCGUAUUUUUUUUUGGUGAACGAGAUCCCGUGAGAAAAAAAAAAAAAAAAUCCUCCCGCCCGUCAGCUGUAACCGGGCUAUGGAUGAAACUUAGAUCAUAGGGAGAGUCGUACGUCGAGGAGCUAAUCAAAUUAAUUAUUCAUUUUUUCUUUAAUGUGCAAAACAAAAAAUUUUUUUCUUUCCCCUUUUUUUCGGACGUUGAUUUUUUUUGGUUCUCUUUCGUCUUAUGGCCUUUACUUUUGACGGAAUAAUUGACAUUUCGCACCUCCCCCCCCUCCCAGCAGACGAUUUUUUUCUUUCAAAAAUUGAGUUGUCGAUAAAGGCAAGUUGGAGCCAUUUUCUUUAUUUUAUUUUUUUUUUUUAGACGCGAGAAAAGAGAAAAAUCGGUCAAAUAUUUUUGCUCAAGAGUUCGCACGGCGCGUAACCCGAGACGGGCAACAGCGGGCAUUAAAAAUAAUAAAAAAAAAAGGAUUUCAAAAAAUUAAAGUAAAGAAAAGACAACAUAAAUAGUAUUUCUAUCGACGUAGUGAUAAUCCCCCCCCCCAAGCCCUCUCUACAGAUUUUCACUUACCAAUCACUUUGAUUAAGAAACGCAAAAAAAAAAAAUGUUGAUAAUAAAUUUUUUUUUCUAGCCCCCCCCCCCUGUUGUUCUAGCAAAUAUCGUAUAUAUUAUAUAUAUAUAUAAACAUACAAUCUAUUUUGAAUGUCCCCUCGCCCCAAAAUAAUGUUCUUUUUUUUUUUUUUUUUUGGCUCUUACUCCCAUGAUUUUUCAUCAGCUUUUCGUUUCUCCGCUUGACAUCUUUCAAAUCGAUUAAGAUAACCAAUGGAAAAUUAACAAAAAAAAAAAAUGUGUUUCCUCUACCAGGCGCCACCCCCCCCCCCCCGCCCAUCUUUCGUCUUUAUAUUUCUAUCACUACCAACCGUCGUGUACAGAAUUAAUGUGUAGGUCUUUUUUUUUUUUUCCUGUGGCUCCCGCGUGUGUUUUUUUUUCGUUCGUGAAAAAUUCAGUUUUUCUUUCCCCCCAUUUUUGAAAAAAAAAAAAUUUUUGUGCGAGUUUUCUUUUGAAAAAAUGUUUUUCUGUGGGGAACACAAAACCACACGCAUCCUGUAAAGUUUGUUGAUCUUUUAUUUGCGCUAUAUAUUGCGAUUUCUCCCUUUCCCCCCGUUCACGAGAUCUUUUUUUAGAACAACUUAAAAUAACCUGUUUGUGCCCAUCAUCUUCCCUUCUUGUUUUUUUUUCGACUCUCUUUGUCCUCACCAUUUUUCGUGUGCGGAUUUAGAAACUCUUUCUUUGUUUUGGUUUGUUUCCUUUUUGCGACUGAUUGGCCAAACAAGUUCUUUUCGUGCGUCCCGAAAAUUCCCAAUAAUUCUAUUUCCAUCCCAUUUCCACACAUAUUUUUUUUUUGUCCUGUUCUAUAUUUAGUUUAAACACACACAAAAAAAAAUAAUUCAUCCCAAUUUUUUUUUUUUUUUGGUCCAAUCUGCAUACCAUUGACGAGAAAUUGACUGUCACUUUGAAUGGUUAUUCUAUACAUACACUGACGAGAAUGAGAAUUUCAA